AUGAUCAAUUGGCAUGCUAAUGCUGGUGAUGGAAAUACUCACAAAGCCACUUUGAACCCUCUAAUGGCGAUUCUGCAUGUCGAGCUUCUGGACUCUUGCAUUCCACAGUCUUCUGAACGAGCAGCAAGCGCUCAACUGUCAUCAUUACAUAUUGAACCAGUCUCACAGGCUAUUGACAAUAGCACAUUCACGGUCGUGGCCAUUUUUACUAGCGCCGCACAAGAUCAUGGUGGCAAGUUCAGUGUCAUAUCUCGAUGGGACCUUCAACAGACAGAGGCUACUUUACAUGACAGUUUCAAGAGCUUGAAGCCGACAGCCUCACAAUCUACCACCAGCAAGUCUGUUCAGAAGUUGUACAGGAUGGAAGACGUGAUCUCACCAAAGGCUAUACUGGCUUUCCAGAGUAACGUAUACCACAACACAUUUGCAUUUGCGGCGAGUGAUGGCUCAGUCGAAUUUCGUUCUCGAGAGACCAUGCAUACUAUUGAACCCGAUCAAGAUCCCAACAAAGCUACAUGCUUACCUCAGAAUGGUUUCACUUUUCUGGCAUCCGAAUGUGUCGACAUUUCUCUAUCGCCUAGUAUGGCAUCUUCGGUCAUCACCAAGCCGGAUGGUACUAUUACUCUACACAGCGCUGAGUAUUUGCACCGCUGGAAGGAUGCCAAGGACGACAAUGGUGGGAUAUCAUUUUGA